AUGCAGCUUAUGCACCGUCAUCGUCGCAAAGGUCAGAUGUAUCUGGUGAAGGACAUCGGCGGCGCCAUCUGCCUGAUGGCGGCGGCCCUGGUGCUCCUGGGCACCUGGCCGGUCGUCCUCGCCGUGCUGGAGCGCCGGGGACGGCUGCCGCAGCACACGUACCUGGACUACUCCAUCACCAACUUCCUGGCCGCCGUGCUGAUCGCCCUCACAUUCGGCCAGAUCGGCGCCGACACGCCGGAGACGCCCAAUUUCCUCACUCAGCUCGCCCAGCCCCAGGACUACUGGCCGUCGAUCAUGUUUGCGCUGGCGGGCGGCGUGGUGAUCACCCUCGGCACCGUGGCCACGCAGUACGGCUGGGCAUACGUCGGGCUUUCGGUCACCGAGGUCAUGGCCUCAAGUCUCAAGGUUGUCAUAGGAACGACACUGAACUAUUUUCUGGACGGCCGGAUCAACAGGGCGGAGGUUCUGUUCCCCGGCGUCGGAUGCUUUCUGAUUGCAGCCUGCCUAGGCUCACUUGUUCACUCCUCCAAUGCUGCUGACAACCAGGAGAAGCUAUCAAACUCCAGAAACUACUCUACUGGGAACACGCCAAAGGAGGAUCUCACCCAACACCUCCUUCAAGUAGAAGAGGAACCAAAGGAUUGUGAAGAAGCAAAGCCUGCAGUACCAAAUAAUAAGGCCGUGGAGAAAGCCUUGGCAGGGACAGCAGAUUUCCUCAUCGACCUCGAGGACAAGAGAUCAAUCAAGGUUCUUGGAUCCAACACGCUGGUGGGCCUGGCGAUCGUGACGUUCGCGGGGGUGUGCUAUUCGCUGUUCGCGCCGGCGUUCAACCUGGCGACCAACGACCAGUGGCACACGCUGCGCGACGGAGUGCCGCACCUGGUGGUCUACACUGCCUACUUCUACUUCUGCCUCUCCUCGCUAGUGGUCGGCGUGGCGCUCAACGUCUGGUGCCUCUACCGCCCCAUGGCCGGCGUGCCGCGGUCGACGCUCCGGGCGUACGUCGGUGACGGGGAGGGGAGGGGGCUGGCGCUGCUGGCGGGGCUGGUGUCCGGGCUGGGCAACGCGUUCACGUUCAUGGCCGGGCAGGCGGCCGGGUACGCGGCGGCGGACUCCGUGCAGGCGCUGCCGCUGGUGAGCACCUUCUGGGGCGUGGUGCUGUUCGGGGAGUACCGGAGGUCGUCGCGGAGGACCUACACGCUGCUGGGGAGCAUGCUCUUCAUGUUCGUCGUCGCCAUGGCCGUGCUCAUGGCCUCCUCCGCGCACAGGAAGCCGCUCUGA